AAAAAUCUAAAUGAGAACGUAAUUUGCUUAGUCCUCCACCAGAUGUCCCUACUGCAAACCGUGCGGAGUACAUUUAUUUGCACACCAAAUGGUUUUGUUACAAGGUGAGACAGGAGCAGUGAGCGGUGCCAAGUGUGGUACAUGAGGUGCCAGCUGCUCUGGGGAGGCAGACGGGGAGUGAAGGCAGGAGAGGAAGGCAUGGAGCCUCUCCUACCUAUCUGAUACUAUUUACUUGUGCUGUGCUUACUGCCUGAAAGAUGCACAUUGAUGCACUUUUUUUUUUUUUUUUUUUUUUUUUUUUUUAAUUGGGGAAAAUUAAAAAAAGUCAGAAUAGUUGGAAAAAUGAUGUAGCUGGGAAGGACUUUACACUUUAACACAGUGAUGCUGUGUCUGGGCUUUAUCUGGGUCUGAGGAAGCUGCAGAAUUGGUAUCUUCAUAAAAACUCCACAUCCAUCUGUAACACAGGGAACAGCACAGGCACAUCAGGGUUUUUUUAAUGAGCUCUAAUAGGAAAAUGAAGCAGUCCUGAGGAAGAAGUGGCUGUGUCCAUUAGAAGUGUGAAUCGACAGGUGUGAGUACUGCAUUCCUUCAUGCACCCAUCAUACAUUACAACUGUAAUAAAAGAGGGUCACAGCCCUAGACAUGGGCUCUCCUGCACUCACACAUGCGAAGCUUUUGAAUUGGCUGCUGUUGCUGCUGUUGACUCUGCUAUGCCCUCCUGCUGCUGCUUAUUUGGAUGAGCUCAAGCCAAGCAGUAGUUUGCUGCCUCACUAUGAACCUGACCACGAGGAUGCUGUUGGUUCUUUACAAGAGAAGAGGUUACAAGUUUUCACAGUGGACUAUAACUAUGUGCAAAUUCCCUAUGAAGUUACUCUUUGGAUACUUCUUGCGUCUCUUGCAAAAAUAGGUUUCCAUCUCUACCACCGAUUACCAAGACUCAUGCCUGAAAGCUGCAUCCUGAUUGCCAUUGGAGCACUGGUUGGAGCGAUCAUCUUUGGUACCGAUCACAAAUCCCCACCAGUGAUGAACACAAGUAUUUACUUCUUGUACCUCCUUCCACCUAUUGUCCUGGAAGAGGGCUAUUUCAUGCCAACUCGUCCAUUUUUUGAAAACUGUGGGUCCAUCCUGUGGUGGUCUGUGCUGGGAUCUCUGCUGAACUCGUUUGGGAUUGGCCUCUCCCUCUAUGGUGUGUGCCAGAUUGAAGCCUUUGGCCUGACCGACCUGAACCUGCUGCAAAACCUGCUCUUUGGCAGCAUGAUUUCGGCUGUGGAUCCUGUGGCAGCUCUGGAAGUUUUUGAAGAAGCCUCUGUUAAUGAGCAGCUUUAUAUGAUGAUUUUUGGAGAGUCAUUGCUAAAUGAUGGCAUUACUGUGGUAUUAUAUAAUAUCUUCAUCGCCUUCACCCAGAUGCACAGGUAUGAAGAGAUCGAAUCCAUCGACAUCCUUGCUGGCUUUGCUCGCUUCUUCGUGGUGGGGCUGGGUGGUAUGCUGUUUGGCAUCGUCUUUGGAUUUGUUUCGGCACUCAUGACUCGAUUCACCCACAACGUUUCUGCUAUUGAACCUUUGCUGGUCUUCAUGUUCAGCUACCUGUCAUACUUGUCAGCUGAAACCCUUUACAUCUCAGGAAUUUUGGCCAUGACAGCAUGUGCAGUGACUAUGAAGAAAUACGUGGAGGAGAAUGUUUCCCAGAAUUCCUAUACGACAAUAAAAUACUUCAUGAAGAUGCUGAGCAGCGUCAGUGAGACCCUGAUUUUUGUGUUCAUGGGAGUGUCUACAGUGGGGAAAAACCAUGAGUGGAACUGGGCCUUCAUUUGCUUCACUCUGCUUUUCUGCCUCAUUUGGCGAGCACUGAGUGUAUUUGCUCUCUUCUAUAUCAGUAACAAGUUCCGAACGUAUCCCUUCACCGUGAAAGACCAACUCAUUAUUUCCUACAGUGGUCUUCGAGGAGCCAGCAGCUUCUCUCUUGCGUUCUUGCUCCCAGUGAACCUCUUUCCAAGGAAGAAUUUGUUCAUUACUGCUACACUUGUAGUUAUAUACUUUACAGUGUUCAUCCAGGGAAUCACAAUUGGACCAUUGGUCAGAUAUCUAGAUGUUAAAAAGACAAACAAAAAGGAGUCCAUCAAUGAAGAAAUUCACAUGAGAUUGAUGGAUCACUUCAAGGCUGGUAUUGAAGACAUAUGUGGACAUUGGAGUCAUUAUCAGCUGAGAGAUAAAUUUAAGAAGUUUGACAAUAAGUAUUUGAAGAAAAUUUUAAUUCGGGAGCAUCAACCCAAAUCCAGCCUUGUGUCAUUAUACAAAAAGAUGGAGAUAAAACUGGCCAUUGAGAUGGCUGAGAAUGCCAUGGAAAUUUCAAAAUCAUCCACAGCUUCUUUACAGAGCUGUAGAAAUCGGCAUGUGCACAGGCUCUCCCCUGCUGAGGUGGAGUCCAUGAGAAAUGUCCUGACACAUAACCUAUACCAAGUGCGACAAAGGGCACCGUCAUACAACCGCCACAACCUGCCCACCAACACCAGCGAGAAACAGGCCCAGGAAAUCCUCAUCCGUCGGCAGCACAGCCUGAGGCAGAGUUGCAGGAAGGGAAACAGUUUACCUUGGGGUAGACCGGUACCUGUUAUGCAAACCACUGUUCAAGCUAGCACCACGGGCACACGCUACCUCUCCUUGCCGCAGGGCCACGGCCAGCCCACUUGGCGAAAAGCCAGGCACGUUACUUUUACAGAUCACCCCAGAAGCAACUCUGAGGCUGGCAUCCCAGUAAGGUUCAGACCCCAGCCCCGACUACGGCCGCUUGAAACAAAGCACCGCCAGGAGGAGCUGAUUCCAAUGGCACGCUUAGACAGACGUGUCUGCCCAUCCAAUUUCUCAGGUCAAAGAGGAAAUUCAAUCAGUCAGCAUUGUUUCACCAGAGCAGACAAUCUAGCUCUAAUGCCAAAGACUCGACUCACUGGGGGAGAAGUUGAGGAGUAUGAGUCAGAAGAAGAGACAGAAACAAUGGCACCAGCCAGGCCAUUAGACAUAUGAGGAGUAGAGAAGAGUGGUGUUCACAUCUCUAGGGUCCUCUGCGUGCUGCUCUAGAGAAAAUAACGGAGCUCUUAUAUAAACCAAACCACAAAUUUCCUUUUGGGAAAUUCUCAAAUUCUCAUUCUCGUAUCACUUUCAAACACUGUAUCAAGGUACUUAGUGGCUCAGAGAAGACUCAAAUUCUUAUAUGUUUAUAUCAAGUUUACUUUUCAACAAAACACUGUAGGAGAGAGGGGAACAUGAUCUUUGUAGAGGUUUGGACAUGGAUUUAAAUGACAAAAGUUGGGCACAGGUGGUACUAUAGCUGGGAGCUGAUAUUGUCUUCCUCUGUGCUGUAUUAUGACUUAAAGCUGGGUGAAAGAAACACUGAAGGACAUGGUUAAGACAUGGGUGCCCAAAUUGGUAACUUCAAUUUGCCUAGAGGUUUGGAUGUCAGAUUAGCAGAGAUAUUUCAGGUAUAAGUGAAAAACAGGCAUGUUUAGGGCACCUAAAUGUCAUUGAAGAUGCCUAAAAGGGUACUUAAAUCAAACGGGUACUUUAAUGGACAUUUGCAGCACUUGAAUGGCAUCUCAGGUUUUGGCUUUACAAAAGUGCUUCAAGUCAGUUUCUGUGAAGGUUCAUGGCUCCUGUGACUUCAACCAACUUCAGCAUGGAGACACCUGUCACCCAUCUACAGUUGUUUUGGAUGAAGAAAGGAGGCAUCCUGGUACUUACAAAUCCAGAGAGAACUCUUCAGCCAGGGGUGCUAUAGGAAGGCUAACACAAAGCUCAACAGUUUCAUUUGCAAACAUGGGGCUGCAAGAAUAUGCACAGUAGUCCUGCGAUUAUAGCUGUAUAGCUGAAGCAGGAGGCUUCAGUCAUGGAGCAUCUAACUUCCAUCCCUCACUCCCACCUUGCUGUGGGGCGCCCAAAUUUCUAGACCACUCUUCAUGCUGAAGCAUUACAGAUGGAAAGCAAGAGACUGGGACAAAAGACGAAAGAGAUCCUGACUUUGUAGCCUGCUGGCCAGCAGGAAACAAGGGCUCUGUGUUGUGCUCCCAGGUUUUUAGGGUAUUUGUCUAUAUGUCGCACAGAGAAGCAUUUAUUAAAAAAGCAAAAAUAACCAGGGGCAUAUGCACUGGAUCCCCUGACUCCCCAGCCGACUGAGCUCCCUUCCAACUGGCUCUUUGUACCCAUGCUCUAGUCGCAGAAGUGGAAAUCCAUAGUGGUAAGUGGGAGGCAAGAAGCUAUGGAAGCUUGGGUCAUUUUGGAUAAAGUCUAAAACGCCAGCCAAAAAUGCCAGUCACCUACUGCCUGUGACAGAGCUUCUUUCUGCAAAAUGGAAGAAGCAUCAUUACCGUCAUGUCUUAAAACUGUGAGUAGAUUUUAUGCAAAGGAAUGAUUUGAGUCCAGAAGUCCAUAAACCCACUCUUGCAGCUGCACUAAACUCAGCUCUGCAGCUGAGAAAUGCACAAAGUUCAGUCAUGCUUUCUUCAUAUUUCACUUUCUCUCCUCCACUCAAAGCUCACUUAACUGCACAAUUUGAGGUUUGUAAAUGGUACUGCAAGAAUCAAAGAGGUUAGAAUUAGUGAUCAGAGUUCCACCUUUCUGGUUUUGGGGGAGGAUCUUACUGUUAUGAGCACUUGGCAUGUCUUAGUCCAGAAGACCUUUGAGUUGUAAAUGAUGACUUCAUCAUAUUUCAUACAAUGGAUUUCUUAUUCAAGACAGGUAGCAUCUAAACUAAGAGAAUAGGAAUGUACCACCAAAGGAAAAAAAUAAAAUAACUUUCCUCCCUUUUUCUCAGGUUUCAAGUUUUAUAUUUAGCAGGUUAUAACAAAUCAUCUAUAUUGAAAUUGUACAAAGAUUUCUGAAUCUGUUCUGUUUGCUUUUCCUCAUUGUGCCAGAGAAAUUAUUUAGCUUCCUUUUAUGAAAGGAUAGGUUUUGGCUUUUGUACUGAUAGUGAGCAAGCAAUCAAAUACAGUUCUGUACCUGAAAAUCAACAAAUAAAUUCAGCUCCACCAAAAGAAGUGCUCCACAUAGUUUUUGAACAAAAACCCUGUGCCAGCUCUCAAGCCUAUAGCAAGUUAUAUCACAUACAAUAAAUCUCAAUGAAAAUAUUAUUUUAAGAAAAAAGAGUGAUCAUACCAAAUCAGGUCUUAAAUUGCACUAUGAGCUACCCAGUUGCCAUAUUAAAUUUAACUGAGGGCAAAAUUAGCUCUUGUGUGAGUGGUCCUUAGGCCACACAGCUGAUGUAGAUACAUGGAAGGGGGGAACAGAGGGUUGGGACCUGCUUCUGCAUUGCAGAGUCAGGAGCCAGUGGGAUCACCAAAAGUAGCUGGUGGGAAAUGUGGACUGGAGGCAAUCUUUGGAGACAGGAAUGAACAGAAAGUGGUACCCUGAGAGGAGGGUAAAGGUGGGAUAGUGUUUUGUCUUCAAAGGGAGGCUUAGGAGAGAGAUUAAACAGAGGAAUUACUGUGAGCUGCAAAUUCAGCACUUCCUUUUUUAAGAAGAUUUAAUGAACGGGUUGUCUGGGGGAACUGGACAGAUACAAACUCUGUGUGAGAUGAGGAAGGCUAAUGGAAUGUCUGGAGUGACAUGGAAAGGGACUAGACGUGCAUUGUGAAAUCACAGUUUUGUCAGGGUAUUUUUGAAAGGAAUGCUUAAAACUGCUUACCAUGUUCUCUAUUAAAUGCCAUAAAAGUUGUUGAGUAUUUAUAUAGCUACACAUAAUAAGUAGGGAGCAAAGGAUUCAGCUUGCAGUGGCCAUUUGUAUUAGAA